AUGGAAAUCCUCGAAUCCGGAACAGGCCAUGGAUCUUUGACACUGCACCUGGCGCGUGCCAUUCACGCUGCCAAUACCACUCCUCCGCCUCUUCCAUCGCGAUCUCAGAUCAACUACCUAGAGGGCCGUAUCACCAGACCGAGUGAAAAGGACACGGAACCAACAGGAGAAACCCCUGCCGAGCAAACUGCGGAUCCAGUACAGGAGGAAUGGGAUGCAUGGCGAGCGCAGCGCAACGCCGUCAUUCACACAGUCGACGUAUCGUCAAAGUUCUCUGCGCUGGCCGAGAAAAACAUCCGGGGAUUCCGCCGUGGAAUCUACACAGGUAACACCGAUUUCUAUGUGGGCCCCGUCGAAAACUGGAUCGCCCAGCAGAAGCAGCUGCGAAAAAAGACUGGCCUGGCUUCACUGACUGGAGGAAACCCUGUCGACCCGUUUCUUUCGCACAUUAUUCUAGACAUGCCUUCCUCAAACUUGCGGAUUCCGCAUGUUACCCCGAUGUUGAAGCGUGAUGGCCUCCUGGUAGUGUUCGUGCCUAGCAUCACCCAGAUUGGUGAGUGUCUGCAACUCAUCCGGGACCAGCGAUUGCCUCUCAUUCAGGAAAAGGUGAUCGAGCUUGGCUCUGGAAUCAGCGGCGGCCGCACAUGGGAUGUGCGUUUCGCGACCAAAAAGUCCGGCGCCGACCCAGCAAGCUGGGCUACCCCUUCAGAUGCUGAUGUUGCCGCCCCUGUCGAGACUGACGAACAGUCCACCGCCUCUGAUACUGCCUCUGAGAUGUCCACAGAGGAGCCUUCCAAGGAAGGAGGGUCUGUCUUGGUCUGCCGGCCCAAGGUCGGACUGCGCAUCCAGGGCGGCGGCUUUGUGGCAGUCUGGCGGCGGAUCGAAGACCGUUAA